AUGGUAACUACGUACUACGCAGUGCUAGGGGUCACUCCUGGUGCUAGUCCUGACGAAAUCAAGCGCCAAUUUAAGAAACUUGCCGUUAAGUAUCAUCCAGACAAAACCGAUGAUGCGAAGCACCACGAGAUGUUUCUUGAGAUCAACAAAGCUUACGAAACUUUGAGAGACGAAGAAAGCCGAAAAGCUUACGAUGAUAAGAAUGGUAUAUUUCGUACUACAUCAGGUCCAUCAGCAUACUCCGAAGCAUACAACUACAACUUCAAGACAAAUUACCCAGGAACGUCAUAUGGCAGAGGCACAUCAUACUACAGUUUCUUUCAGCAUAACUACCGCUCAUAUACGGAUGCGGCAAGGAAUCACUUUGAUAAUAAGAGCUCUAGAAAAGAUGACGAUGCAGCUUCUGCCGCUGCUAAGUUAGCACAGAAAAAGAUGCGGGAAGAUCUAGAAAGAAGGCGUCAGGAGCAACUAUUCGAAGCGCAGAGGCAAAAGCAAGAGCAGGAGCGCCGAGAUCGAGAAAAGAAGUUGCGUGAGCAGAUGGAGCAACAACUACAAGAGCAGAUGGAAAGGGCUCGACAAGAAAGGAAGAUGAGAGAAGAAGAGCUGUACCUGCGAGCGAAGGCAGACCACCACCGUCGUCAAUGGAAUCAGUUCUAUGAAAUAAGUGAAAGCGAUAGUGACACGCGCGAGAAUGAAAGUGGCAACAGGGAAGAUGAGCCCAUUAUCGUGGAGGAUGAGGACGUCUCUUCUGAUAACUUCGAAGACUGCCAUGCAUCACCUCCACAGGCAAAUGGUCAUGAAGACAGUACCGUUUUAGAGGAUAAAGAAAUUCAGGGAAAGGCAAAUCAUACAUAUGUCAAGCGUGAAUGUCCCACAAGCAGGUCUUCAACGGAACCAGAGAUCGUGGAAGUUACAUCGAAUGACGAUGAGUCGACUCGGAACCACCAAGACGAUUUCACAAGUGGCAAAGGUCCUGCUAGUCCAAAACGUCCUUUAUUCGAGGACUUUGAUGACGAUGUACCAACUUCCGCCAACAAAAAGCCGGCUAAAAAUAUAGACUUAUCUGAGCUACGCCUGUCGUUGGGCACUUCCAUAGAUGACACGAACUUCAACGAUAUUCUAGACUCACUACCUCGCACAUUUGGAGCAGGUACAGAAAAACCGCCGAGCCCAGACAGAAUCAGGAAAUCAAGCAAUUCGGUUCAUCGAAUGCCCAACAAGCGAGCCAAGUUCUCAGGCCCCUCCCAUGGCUAUACCGAUGGGAGAUCUCGAGCACAAACAUUGCACACACCGGUGAAUAAGGUGCCCUCAAAGCGGAACAACUCAAUCACUGUCACUGAUCUUUCGCCUGAGUAUGAUGAGAGCAAGCUCAUGUUCACAACUCAGCCACCCAACAUCAACAUGACAUCAGACCUCACAACUGAAGAAUGGCUACGAUACACGAACGCGAUACAUGAGUACGAACGAGGAUUCGCUGCCUUUCGCAGUGCUGUGCUCGAGCACCAGUUGCUCAGGUUUCAGAAGGACGAAAGACACCAUGAUACGAUUUACGACGACACUUCCUGCUUAGAUGCGUUUCUGAGCACUUUAUUUAACGACAUGCUCAUCUUCCAGAACUACGGAAGAGCUCUUCAAGAGUUUCGAAAUGUUGUGAAAACGUUUCGAGACAACUGUGAGCUUAAACGAGAAAUUGAGGCUCGUGAUAACAUACGUAUAUAA